AUGAACAAACUGCAGGUGGGCGACAUCUCCAUCGACCCCCCUGCACCCGGCGUGGCCGCGCAAACCGCCGUGAUCGUGGUCGGGUCUCCGGAAAGCGUGGACAUGGAGGCGCACCCAGAGAAGCGGCUCGGCUCCGGUGAGCCCCCCGUGUUCUCCUGCCCCCCGGCCAGAGACGCGCUCCAGGCGGACAACCGUGACAACUCCGCGCGUCAGGACGCACCUGCGCUCGCUCCACCCAGCGCCCAUCGGAACACCUCUUUUUCCGUACUGGACAUUUUGGACCCAAAUAAGUUCACCAACAAGAGGCUGCCGCCCAGCCGGACACCCUGUGACUUUGCGUUCGGUUCUGAAAACAGGGCAGAAGAUUCGAACCAUGCAGCGGAUCAGAAAGCUUAUUCUGAAGAGUUCGAGUGCAAAAAAACGUCUGGAUUAUUAAGUGAAGAUGGUUUCGUAUUCAGAGCUUCAGACUGUGAGAAUGAUUACAGUCGUGGGAACCAGACCGACAGUGAGCUGCAGGAUGAUUUGUGCAGUGAGGAGAGCAGCGGUGCUCUCACCGGGAACACAGACGCAGAGUUCGGGACGCACGACGACGAGGAGCGCGAAAUGAAGAGCCCGAGUCCCGACGACCAGCACAACCAGCAGUCCUCCUCCUCCUCCUCCAACGGACAGAGCCAGCAGGGCAAGCCGAAGAGAAAACGCUCCGGCUCGGACUCCAAGUCCGGUAAGCCGAGGAGAGCCCGGACUGCGUUCACCUACGAGCAGCUGGUAGCGCUGGAGAACAAGUUCAAGUCGACGCGCUACCUGUCCGUGUGUGAGCGCCUCAACCUGGCCCUGUCACUCAGUUUAACCGAGACCCAGGUGAAGAUCUGGUUCCAGAACCGCCGAACGAAGUGGAAGAAACAGAACCCGGGGGCAGACACGAGCGCUCCUACCGGGGGUGGAGGAGGACCGAACGGAGGUUUGGGAAGCCUGAGUCCUCUCAGUCAGUCCCCACCUAUGGGCGGCCAUCUAUCAAUGCACACAGGCUAUCCGGGUCACACACCUGGAGGACUAAUGUGCACAGCCCAAAUACCCUUCCUGCCCAGCCAUGCAGUACUGUCCCCCUUCAUGCUGGGCUCCCAGACCUACGGACCCCCCGCAUUUUACACCCCGCACUUGUGAGCAGUCAAAAUCCAGAACUGAACCUCCAUCGCACUUCUACUCUGCCAAGUCCAAACCACGAAGAGAAUCGUUUUAAAAGCACUUUCCAUGUUCGAAAGAAGAAUAAAAUGUUAAACAAAGCUGAUGUGCUUCAGCGUGUCGGACAGUUUCAAUCUGCAACUCGCCUUUACGCACGAUGGGAAAAAUCAUCCUCAUAUCAAACUGUUUCGUUUUUUUCCCUGAUUUUAAAUCAUAAAUGUAAAUAUUUAGCUUUUAGAAUGUAAGAUUGUAAAUAUGACCACGAAUCUACAGUAUGUUAGCCACUAAUCUGAAUGCAAAUGCAACACUAGUGAAGAAUUAGUGGGAAUAAAAAAGUGAUGUAUACAAAAGCUGUCUGACUGAAAUAUUGUGACGAUUUCU